CGCAUGCGUCAAGCCCUGCCCCGCGCGCGGUGCAUGCCGGAUGAAGCGGAAGUAGCCGUGCACGUUGACAUUGCGGAGCGUCCGAGCCGCACAUUACACAGAGAAAGGUGUUCAUCAUGGGUGCGUCCGUAUCCAAUCUUGCCCCGACUGUUCAGGCAGAGUCUGCAGUGUCAGCAGCGCCUCAUUUCAGUGGGGCGUCCCCACCCCCCGGGUGUCCCAUGCAUCAAGAGCCCCCUAAAAGCUCUCCACCUCCUGAGUGCCCCAUGCAUCAGGCUCAGACGCCGCCGGCCGGUCCGGUGCAUCAGGACAGAGCUUAUGAGUUUGUCGAAUGUCCCAUGAGAUCUUCUGAGGGAGCCAUCGAUCCCACGAACAUGAUGCCCCCUCCAAAUCAGGUGCCUGCCCCGGACCAGCCGUUCCCUCUGUCCGUGAAAAGAGAGGAGUCUAAAAUCCCCCGAUCAGGCACAGGCCAGAACUGGGUUUAUCCUUCUGAACAGAUGUUUUGGAACGCCAUGCUGCGGAAAGGGUGGCGCUGGAAGGACGACAGUCUUGCUCCGGGGGACAUGACCAAUAUAAUACACAUCCACAAUCGUAACAACGAUCAAGCCUGGCAGGAAAUCCUGAAGUGGGAAGCGAUGCACGCCAGCGAGUGUCCAUGCGGUCCGUCUCUGAAGAGAUUCGGGGGCAAAGCCAAAGAGUUCUCUCCCAGAGCCAGAAUGCGUCACUGGAUGGGAUACGAACUGCCUUACGACCGACACGACUGGAUCGUAGAUCGCUGCGGAAAGGAAGUCCGGUACGUCAUCGACUACUACGAUGGGGAUAUCGAUAAGGACACCUACCGGUUUUCCAUCCUUGACGUGCGUCCGGCUUUCGACUCAAUGCAGGCCGUGUGGGAUCGGAUGAGGGUGGCCUGGUGGCGCUGGACAUCGUAAAAUCCAUCGUUAAACGUUUUACUUUUUUUUUUUUUUUUUUUUUUUUUUUUUUUUUUUUCCAUCACUAAGACUAUUCAGUUCCGAUCUGCGCUGCUGAGUUCUGACUGUAAACAUGAAUCUUUGCAAAUGAUUGCACAUUGAGAGACUUAAAGGUCGCGAGGGUUCUCUGUCGGAGACCGCAACGAAUCAGUGUUUUUAUUUUUUCUUCUGAUGGGGUUCUGAAUUUUUAUUUUUUCUGCUUGUUGAGUGAAGGUUAUCAAACUGGAAAGCUCGCUAUCUGAUCUUGUUCAGAGGUUAAACAUAUCCGCUGGUUGUUUUUCUCUCUCAAAAGCAAAUUAUUGAGUGUUUUGGUUCACGUUGAGAGCAGGUUGGCAGCUGUUAGCAUUUGUAGCCGAUGGUUAGGUGGUUUUUGCUUUUGAAUGUAAUUGAUUUCAGGGAAGCGUAUGAAAUAAUGUGGAGUGUUUUUUAAAUCCAUUGUUCAGUCGGUCAGCUCUUCGAUACUCAUUCUGUUUUCAGAUUUAAGAUUUGUUUUCUUAAUGUUUGGGUUUAUUUAUUUCGUGCAAACUUCAUUACUGUGUGUGUGUGUGUGUGUGUGUGUGUGCGCUAAAGUGUUGCUAAUUAUGUUCCCUUUGAGUGAGAGUGCUUCUGAGAGCCCCCCUGAUUUCUCUGAAUAAAUAUCAUUUGUAACCCAGUUCACUUGUUUUAAAUCUGACCUGCAACAAAUUAUAAUUCAGACUUUCAAA